AUGAACGUUAAAGAAGAAGAUAAUAACUUAGAUUAAAAUAGAUCAAAGUUGAAAGAAAAAGACAUAAUGUAAAUUGUUAAGCAAUAGAUUAACAUCAUUUGCCAAGACCCUUUUAAUAAAGAGGAUUUGACUAUAAAAGAUAGCUAUACAACGUUUAAAGUAAAGGUUUUUGUGAGGAUUUUCCUCUAUCAUAUUCUUUAUUUUAUGUUUCUGGUGUUAUUGAUAGCCUUUGUUCAAGCAUUUCUCAGAAGUUUAGUUAUUGCAGUAAGAUAUGCAACUAGUGUAGACUCUACUAUUAGCUGUCUGCGUCACAGAGUCCUUACAAGAGAAGAAUAUGCUACUGAAUGGAUUGUUGGUGGAUGGAUGGACGUAACGCCUGCAUAAAUUGACAAAGAAAUAAAGCACUGCAUGGUGAGAAAUGAAGUCGAAAAUGUGUUCUUCAAAUUUAAGUUUCUAAAUAAGAUCAAUGAUGACUAUAAAAACAGAUUUCUUAACUAUGAGUAUGUUUCUACAAAUGUCUAUGAUCCUAAAAAGGAAAAGAUUAUGUAUGAUGCUUUUAUCAAUAUGAUGAAGUAGGGUUAAGAAUUAGUGACAUUAAGGCAGAGCCUUCGCUAAGAUUAAAUUGUGCAGCAAAGGUCAGAUGUCAAUAUUCAUCUCUCUUAUCUGGAGACUCCUUCAAAAGAAGAUUUAUUUACUUACUACCCAGGUAGGUAAGUUUUAAGAGAACUUUUCCUCAAUUGUAAGCAUAUGGUGCCAACAGUACAGCAAAGGUAUUUUAUUCCCCUAUCGGCUAUUCAUGCUCUUCUGCCUUUGAUAAUAGAGGCAUGCUACGAAUUUAGUAAUGACGAUGAAGAAUUUCUGUACAAGAAAUAUCGAUUGAUCAAUUUCUGGAUAUAUAAUGGGAUUCUUGUUUAUGUUAACAUCUUGCUGUUUACAACUAACAUUUAUUUCUUGUAACUGGGUGUGCAAGAUAUGAAGAGACGAAUGAACGCAAUGAUAUCUUGUGAGGUUUAGCUUGAACCUAAUAGAUACAAAAGUCUCAUGUCAUGGAUGGAUAUGAGGAUAAUGUAUCUUGACAUGGGAUAAAGGUUUUUUCAUAACAGGUGGUUUGUUGCUUGCUUGGUACUUUGUGCUAUUCUAAGAGUAUAAUCUAAAAUUAAUGAUAUUUCUAAUAACCACCUACUUAGAUUGAGCGAGAUUAAGAGUAUACUGGAACGCUUUAUGAUUGAAUGGGAUUAUUCUAUUUCUUCAUAAAAAAUCAAAGAAGUGCUUUUGAAUAAUACUUACAAAGAGGCAUUUCUCUAUUUUUCUUAUAAAAAUGAAGACGUUGGUUAGAAAUGUGGGAAAAUGAUUAUAGAAAACGCUCUGCAUGUCUUGGAUUCAAUUGAAGAUAGGCUUGAAAGAGAAAUAGAAUUUAACCCUAUUACGAUAUUGAGCAUUCCAUUAAAUAUGACAAUAAUAAAUGCCAUUAGAACAUCAACAGUUACCCUUAUUUUUUCAAUGAUAAAUAUGAAGCUAAAUAUUAUAUGA